UUUUGCCUGUGAGAUGUGUAUUGUGUCAAGGUGUUUACAAGACCUUACUUUCCGGUGCCUAUAGUUUUGCCAACAUAAGAAGUGUUGUUUUCUAGAGCAAAAAUUUCAGUCGUAUGGAAACCUACCUUAAGAUUGCCUUAAUAUGUCUUGUGAAAUAAUAGCAAAGGCCCUGGUAACGAGUUUGGCUCGUCGCGAGACUUUUAUUCUACCGCUCGCCAAUGUUUCUGCCUUGAUUACUUUGACAAUCAUUGAAUUGAAUCAAAACAAAACAUGGCGUCUUCAAGGGCAUCACAAAACUUCUGUGCAAAUUUUUCUCCGCCAAAAAUGAAAGACUUUGUUUUAACUGAAAGACUUGGUCAAGGUACUUAUGCUACUGUAUAUAAAGGGUACAAAAAAGGACGCGUACGUGAGGUUGUGGCAGUUAAAUGUAUAAAGAAAAGCUCUCUUAGUAAAACUUCCAGUGAAAAUUUAAUUCGUGAAAUAGAGAUUUUGAAAAGUUUAGACCAUGAUCAUAUAGUCAAACUAAAAGACUUCCAAUGGGAUGAUGAAAAUAUAUUUUUAAUAUUAGAAUAUUGCAGUGGAGGAGAUUUAUCUACAUAUAUCAGACGUUACAAAAAACUGCCUGAGCAAGUUGCACGAAAAUUUCUUAGACAGUUAGCACUGGCAUUACAAUACAUUAGAGCAAGAAAUAUUUCCCACAUGGACUUAAAACCUCAAAAUUUGCUUUUGGAAUCAAAAGAUAAUUUAGUGCUAAAAGUUGGAGACUUUGGUUUUGCACAGUACCUACUUGGGAAGGAAGGACAUGACAAUCUUCGUGGUUCACCUUUAUACAUGGCUGUAGAAAUGUUUUGCUCAGAAGCUUACGAUGCUUCUGUAGAUAUAUGGUCAACUGGUGUUAUAUUACAUGAAACAUUAUUUGGUUAUGCACCUUUUGCAUCUGGUACAUAUGAUGAAUUAGAGUUAAAAAUUCGUUCUAAUCAACCUAUCGUCAUACCUUCUCAGCCGAGAAUUUCACCACAAUGCAGAGAUUUACUUAUCAAAACAUUAAAAAGAGAUCCUAAAGAGAGAAUAAUAUUUGACAAAUUUUUUUGCCAUCCAUUUGUGGACUUAGAACAUGCCCCGAGACCUGAAUGUCUAAAUAAGGCAAUCUCAAUUGUAACUGAUGCAGUGAAGUAUGAUAAAGAAGAAGAAUAUGGAAAGGCAAUGGAGCUAUAUUGUACUGCAUUAGAAUACUUUUUACCUGCCAUAGAUUAUGAAAAAGAUACAGAAAAAAAAGCCGCCAUAAGGUUACGGGUAAAACAAUAUAUAAACAGAGCUGAGCAAUUAAAAUUUCUUCAAAAACAAGUCAAGAAAAAAAAAUUGGAGCGACGCUUGUCUAUCGAAACUUGUGCUGAAAGACUACCUGGAUUUACAGAGGUUUUGAAACAUGCCCAGCAAGCAGAACAAUUUGACGACAAUCGAGAAUAUGGUAAAGCUUUAAAUGAGUAUUACAUGGGAGUUGAGUUGUGUAUGAGUAUUUUAUCUACAGUUCCUAAAUCAAGUGAAACUCACACAAUUGUGAAGACUCAAGCUGAGCAAAUGAUGAUUCGUGCUGAGGAGUUAACUCGCUACAAAAAUAUUUUAAAUAAAGAAAACGAUAUGAAAUCAGUCAUUUCUUGUUGUAUUCAAUGAUUAUAAUGACUUUUUUGUUCUUGUUUAUGUUGUUAUAUCGAAUUAAAAACAAUUCUGAAACAUG